AUCUGCUGUAGAAAAUCGUCUGGUGUUUCGUUAAAGAGAAAACAAUUAACAGAAAUCUAGAGAGAGAAACAGAGAAAUGGAAUGCUUUCCUCUCUACUGUUCAAUUCCUCCGAUUCUUCCACUUCCAAGAACCCUUCUGCUUCCCUACACUCACUCCUUCUCCAACUUCCCUUCCCCAAUAACUCACCCUCGCCGCCGUUCUCCUCGAUUCGCGGCGAAUUCUGGAGAUACAAGCCUCACCAGUUCUUUGGCUUACUCCAUCCUCGGCGUCGACUCCGGCUGCUCAGCCGUCGACCUCAAAGCUGCUUUCCGCACUAAAGUGAAGCAGUACCAUCCUGAUUUGAAUAGAAAUGGUGAAUCAGACGCAAUGAUCCGCCUAAUAAUCAAAGCAUAUGAGCUGCUAUCUAAUUACAGCCGAUCAGAGAUCAUUGAGAGGGAAUGUUUAGAUCCCUUUGACAAACCAGAAUGCAAAGCAUUUGAUAUCUUUGUUAACGAAAUUCUUUGUGCUGGAAAAGCAUGCCCAUAUUCCUGUGUGGAGAGAGCACCUCAUGCCUUCACGUAUGCUUCUUCAACUGGGACUGCACGAGCUACUUCUCAAGGACAUGGUGAAGAUUACCAAGUUCAGCAAGCAGUUGGUCAGUGCCCAAGAAGUUGAGUCCAUCCCUUCAUCUUUUCCCGCAAUUUCUCCUCUCUUCUUCUGUUCACCCUCUUCUUCCUUCCUUCCGUCCUUCCCCUUCUCCCUCCAUUUUCCAGUCUUGGCAAGCUUUUCUUCCCUUUUUCUUCUCCAGAUCCGGUAUAAGUGAUCUCCUUCUCUUUCAUCCACGACUUCUUUAUCACUUCACUGUCCCUCUUUCUUCUUCCCCCUGGAUCUCCUUUGUUGGGUCAAGCCUCUUUCCUCUCUACCCUAGCUCUUCCCUUCCACAAAACCCACUACCCAAGUCUGUUCUCGAUCUAUUCGUGAGCUCGUGAGAUUCCUUGGGGGUGCCUAAUUAAGGUUAGGGUUUUAG